GCUUCUCUCUCUGUUCGCGUUUGAGAAUUGAGCAAGAGACAUUUGAAGUUUUCGAAGCAGAUUUCUGCGCAGAAGCAGGGGAGCUUUUGGGUAGAAAUGUCGCUCGCGCCUUCGCUUCCUCGUCUCCGAACUCCGUUCCUCCAUUCGCCGCUCAGGCGCUCUGCCUCUCUGCCCACCAAGUCCGCCAGAGCCCAACGCUCGCCCCUUUCCUACCCGCGCAUCAGGGCUGUCGAUCUCGACCAGAACACGGUUGUGGCCAUAUCGGUGGGGGUUGUGAGCGUGGCGGUCGGUAUCGGCAUCCCGGUGUUCUACGAGUCGCAAAUCGAUAGCGCUGCCAAGAGAGAGAACACGCAGGCGUGCUUUCCUUGCGAUGGAUCCGGCGCUCAGAGGUGCAGAUUUUGCAUGGGCACUGGCACUGUGACUGUGGAACUUGGAGGUGACGAGAAGGAAGUGUCACGCUGCAUCAAUUGUGAUGGUGCUGGCUCUUUGACUUGCACCACAUGUCAAGGAUCUGGGAUUCAACCCAGAUACCUCGAUCGCAGAGAGUUCAAAGACGAUGAUUGAAGCCCUUGCAGCAGCAGCAGCAGCAGCAGCAGUCUGGAUGUGGCUCGAAGACUUACGGACACAGUUAUUUGGGAAAGCAUAGACAGAGUAUCACGUUUUUGGUUACUAAUUGCAUUAUUGUUUGAUUGUGUGUGUUAUCUCCAGUUCAUGUUGUAAUCACCAUUCACAAUUCACAGACUCAAGUGUGCGAGCUCUCUUUUCUUCUCGUGUACAUCCCUUCCCCCUUAAAGAGACUUGGCCGUUGGGCUUAAAGAAAAUUGCCAAUCAAAUUCACUGUA